AUGGAGAACAAAGCCGAUUCCAGCACAAGAGGAUGCAGAUGCACCUGUGUGCCCAUCAAUAUUCACGUGCGAAUUUUAUAUUUCUGGACUUUUGUUUUGUCCAUAUUGUUUGGUAGUGGUGUGUGGUAUUUGUAUCAGGAAAUAAGGUAUCUCAAAUCUGGACUCGAGGAUAAAUUGUCAUGGACAGACAUAGGUGAUUUGCGAGUGUAUCCUAAACCGCCUGACGAAGUCUAUUCUCAACUCAAAGAAUAUGACGUUAAAGGACGCAACAGGUUCAUAGAGCAAGGAGAAGAAUACAUCUUCAGUGUUUUCGACUGGGUAGGGGGUGAUCCCAAGUCUGAUGUGGAACCGCCAUUCAGGGAGGAGUCGGUUACCUCCUGGCAACGUCGUAAACGGCAUGCCUUGUUAGAGGGUUCGGGGUCGGACGGAAACCCUGACAAUUGGCUAUGGAUGAGCGGAUAUUCGAGGGUUCCGAUGGCGGCCAUCGAGUCCUACUGCAAGGCAUCAAAGGAGUAUUGUGCAGUGCAAGGUCCUACAGGACUGCCUGGCGUUUCUGGCACAAAGGGAGAUAAAGGUGACACUGGUCCUUCAGGUCUGACAGGACAGAAGGGUGUGGCUGGAGAUAAAGGGACGUCUGAUCCUGAAUUAGUAGCCGAAAAUCGACGACAGAGUGAACACCUGAGAGGACCACCUGGGCAAAAAGGGGACCGAGGUUUACCGGGAUUAACGGGACCGAAGGGAGAACGAGGAGCAGUAGGACCACCUGGUCCUGUAGGACCUCGCGGUCUACCAGGCAAACGAGGAGUAAAUGGAAUGGAUGGAGUUCCAGGAAAAAGGGGUGACGUGGGCCCUAAAGGAAUGAGGGGAUUGUUGGGAUUUCCAGGCAAAAAAGGAUUACCAGGUUACAAUGAUGUGUGUUGUGUCACUUUGUGA